GUGACAUAAAUGUAAUAAUUUGGCAGCAGGAGGAAGACUUGUAGUAUGUUCUCUGUGAUAGCUUUCAUAUUCCUCUGGUCCCAGAUCCUGUGUCUGCCAUCUAUUAAUGGAAAAACGAAGGAGGGCUUCUGUCCAAAGCCAGGUGUGUCACUUAAUGCCACCACUCCCUGUGUUGACAACUGCUCUGAAGACAGUGACUGUGCAGAAGACAUGAAGUGUUGCAAUACAAGCUGUGGACUUAGUUGUGUAUAUUCAGAGAGACCAGGAUUCUGUCCUUUCAACGACUUACCAAUAACAGGAGAAGUCCAAGAGCCCAAAUGUAAAAGCGAUUUUGACUGUGAAAAGAAUACAAAGUGCUGUGCCCGAGGUUCAUCACAUGAUUGCCUACCAGCAUCAAGGGAGAAACCAGGAAAAUGCCCAACUGUUUGCAAGCUGGCAAUUUCUGGCCCUAGGUGCUACAGCGAUCAUGAUUGUCCAGAUAAUCUUAAAUGCUGUAAUGACUGUGGGCAGAGGUGUAUCAAGCCUGGGAAAGGGCUCUAUGUAUUUCCUUUGGAUUAAGAAGACCAUUUUACGCAGAAUAUUUUCUAUCAAAUAUUUCCUCAAUUACCCACAUUUAUAUGAAUUUGUUCCCUGCCCCCACCUUUCCGUGU